GGGAUCGGGACAGUUGACAGUUUGUCAUUUUCGUUUGUUUACAUUAUCACGAUUUUUUAAAUGUUGAUGAUUCUUUAAAAUUCAAACACAUUAAAAUCAGUUUAAAAUGGAUAUCGAUGAAAUUGAAAUCAAAGUUGAAUAUAACGAGACGUACGAGACUGAUCCCUUACAGACUAUUUCCCAGAAAAAUGAAAAGAAAGAAGAUCAAAGUGAAAAUUCAAACGGAUUUGAUGAUGCUGUCAAGGAACUUAACUUACAGUCACAUGUAUGUAUACAAAUCUAAUUAUUUGGAUCAACAAAAUAAUAUGAAUAAAGAUGAAAUUCGUACAUCUUGGUUCCAAUCAAAAGAUUCAGAUGGAAAACUGUUGUGCCAAUAUUGUAAUCUAAAAUAUUCUACAGUACAAACUUUGCGUUAUCAUGUGAAAAAGAAACAUACUGAGGAAGCCACAAAAUUAUUAAAAAUAAUCAUAAACAACAAGAGAAAUUGUAGGCACAUAUGCCAUAUUUGCAAAAAAAGAUUUAAGGAUAUGUUCAAUUUAAAAUGUCAUAUGUCUGAACAUUCUAUAGAACUGGUAAAAUCAUCCUGUAUGCAUUGCAAUGCUACAUUCAAUAAUACUAAUGAAUUAACAGAACAUAUUCAUUUAAAACAUCAAAAAGAAACUAAAAUGACAUACAUGUGUAAAUUAUGUGGGUAUCGUACAUCAAAAAAGUCCCAUUACAGCCAGCACAGAGAUACCCAUAAGGAAAAUAAAGCGUUAAUAUGCAAUUUCUGUGACUAUAAAACAAAUUAUUCGCCAAACUUAAAAAUACAUGAACGCACUCACACAAAUGACAAACCUUAUUUGUGUGAUUUUAAAAAUUGUGAUUAUAGAAGUGCUACAAAAUCUGCAUUGAGAAGUCAUCAAUUGAAACACUAUCCAAACGAAAACAUGCUUUUUUGUGACAAAUGUAGUUAUCGGACAGUAUAUAAGCAAUCUUUGAAGAAACAUCUUGAUAGUCACAAAAGAAAUGUUGUAUCAAGAAAUGCUAAUAGAGAAGUUAAUAAUUAAAACAUUUUAGAUACAA